AUGGAGGCGGCUGUGGUCAGUGCAGCGACGGGAGCCUUGAAACCUGUCCUGGAGAAGCUAGGCGCUCUGGUGGGCAAUAAGUACAAGAGGUUCAAGGCUGUGCGUGGCGACAUCAAGUCGCUCACCCAUGAACUCACCACCAUGGAUGCAUUUCUUCUCAAGAUGUCAGAGGAGGAGGAUCUUGAUGUGCAAGAUAAGGUGUGGAUGAAUGAGGUGCGUGAGCUCUCCUAUGACAUGGAGGACUCCAUCGAUGACUUCAUGCAAAGUGUGGGCAGCGAAAAUUCAAAGCCAGAUGGUUUCUUGGAAAAGAUGAAGAACUCGUUGGGCAAGAUGAAGGCUCGUCAUCGGAUCGGCAAGGAGAUACUAGAUCUAAAGAAGCAAAUCACUGAGGUGGCGGAGAGGAAUGAAAGGUACAAGGCCCGUGAGACCUUCUCCAAGAAAAAAAAUGCAACCAUCGACCCCAGAGCUCUUGCCAUCUUUCAGCAUGCCUCCGAGCUUGUAGGAAUUGAUGAACCCAAGGCCGAGGUAAUUAAACUGUUGACCGAAGGUGCAUCAACACAAACUAAAAUGAAGUUGGUAUCCAUCGUGGGAUCCGGAGGAAUGGGAAAGACAACUCUUGCAAACCAAGUGUUUCAAGAUCUCAAAGGAAAAUUUAAAUGUUGGGCCUUCUUAUCUGUGUCAAGGAAUCCAGACAUGAUGAAUAUCCUAAGGACUAUUCUUAGUGAAGUUAGUGGCCAACGUUACGCUGACACCGAAGCAGGGAGUGUACAACAACUCAUCAUCAAGAUCACUGAUUUCCUAGUAAACAAAAGGUAUUUUGUUGUUCUUGACGAUAUAUGGGACGUGGAUACAUGGCAUGUUCUUAAGCUUGCACUUCCCGUGGCUAGUUCUGGCAGUUUCAUAAUCACCACUACUCGUAUAAAUGAAGUAGCUAAAUCAUGUCGUUCAACACCAUUCAUUGGAGAUAUUUAUUGCAUAAGGCCUCUUGAUAUGGUGCACUCUAAGCAGUUAUUUUACACAAGAUUAUUCAACUCUGAAGAAAAAUGCCCAUCAUACCUUAAAAAGGUUUCUGAACAUAUUUUGAUAAAAUGUGCUGGGUUGCCUCUAGCAAUCAUUGCUAUAUCUGGUUUGUUGGCGAAUACUGAAAGGACAGAGGGUCCAUGGAGACAAGUUGAAGAUUCGAUUGGUCGAGCACUUGAAAGAAAUCCCAGUGUUGAAGGAAUGAUGAAGAUAUUGUCACUUAGUUACUUUGAACUACCUGCUCAUCUAAAAUCUUGUCUCUUAUGUUUGAGUAUAUUCCCUGAAGAUUCUAUUAUUAAGAAGAAGGUUUUGAUAAAUAGGUGGAUUGCUGAAAGAAUAAUUCACACAGAAGCCGGAUAUAGUACAACAUAUGAGCUUGGUGAAAGGUGUUUUAAUGAGCUUAUCAAUAGGAGUUUGAUGCAACCUGGGAAGACAGGCUCAUUUGAUAGGGUCAAGAGUUGUCGACUUCAUGACACAAUUCUUGAUUUCAUCAUAUCCAAAUCUAUCGAAGAAAACUUUGUUACUUUGGUAGGUGUUCUUCCUAAUUUAACUGUUGGGAUAGAAAGGAAAGUUCGUCGGCUCUCCCUUCAAGACGCCAAGCAAAAAGAACUGAUAUUGCCAAGAGGCUUGGGGUUGUCUCAUGUACGAUCACUUGAUAUGUUCGGGAUAUCAGUGAAAAUCCCUUCUAUGGAUAAGUUCAGGCAUUUGCGUUUUCUGAACUUUGAAGGUUGCAAACAGCUAGAGAACCAUCAUCUUGAAAAUAUAGGGAUGUUGUUUCAGCUGAGGUAUCUGAGCCUCCUAAGAGCGGAGAAAGUAAGUAAGCUCCCAGAACAAAUAGGACACCUAUGGUGCUUAGAGAUAUUGGAUAUAAGAGCCACCUCUGUUUGUGAGUUACCAACAUCUAUUGUCAAUCUUAAGAGACUGUUGCACCUACUAGUCAACGACAAUGUCACAUUUCCUUGUGGAAUUUCAAAGCUGCAAGCACUACAGAAAUUGAAGCUUGUCAGCGUCUAUAGCCAGUCAUGUAACUUCCUGCAAGAAUUUGGGCAGCUGCAGAGUCUGAAGGUAUUGUCCCUUGUUUUUGCCGAUUAUAGUUCUGCUGACCGAGUGUAUCCUGAAGAUGAGCCUAAGAAAGUUGUCAUUGUCGCUUCCCUUAAAAACCCAGGGAACCUUCUCUCUCUAACUGUUCGGUAUGGCCCCGAAUUAGUAGAGGAAUCUUUGUGCCCUAUGCCACUUAGCCUCCGGACGUUUAAGGCCUUGGGUUCGAGGAUUCCCCAUGUUCCAGAGUGGGUGGGCUCCCUUGUCAACCUCCAUGAUUUAAGCCUUGAAUUGGUGGGAGCUGAGCAGAAAGAUUUCUAUAUCCUUGGAGGCUUACCUCUUCUGCAAUAUCUGGUUCUGGCCCCUGAUGAAAGUGAAAUACCAGAAGAGUGGCCUGAAAUCAUAGUCAGUGGUGAAGUUGGAUUCCCAUCCUUGAGGGUAUUUGUGUCUACUAUGAUGACUAUUAGUUUGACGUUUGCGCCUGGAGCCAUGUUUUUGAUCCCUCUAGCUUUUGUGGUUUUUGUCGAUGGUGAAGAAGUAGGAGGAGAGCCAGAAGAGCAAAGCCGACGACAGGUGGCCCAAAUUCAACUCAGCUGA